CAGCUCUCUGCGCGCAGGGCUGGACCUGAGAUUUCAAACAGCACAUCAGCGCGUUUCUGGAAAUGCUGCCCGGAAAUUUGUCCAAAUAAACACAGCUUGAUUCGGCCUGGGUGGGCAGACUUAUCAAGCACUAAUUCUGUAAACAGAUGAGGGGAACAAGCGAGCCCCUCAUUGGCUGUUGGCAGGAGGAAGCGGGGUAGGUGAAAUUUGAAUGAGUGUGGGUGGGCUGAGAACACGGGCUGGUUCUGAUGGACGCUUUAUUUCUCGGUUCAGAGUCAACAGAACGCAACAAACCUCCAACAGCUCUGGAUCGUUUUCUGGGGCCACAUGAGUCUGAGGAGUCAGUCCGUGAAGGAGCUCCCCCCGCCCUCAUGGCUCUGUUCCCCGGCCGCCUGCCACCGCUCGCUGUCCCCCACUCGGCUUUGAACAUCUCCGGACCCCCGCUGAUCUACCUGUACGGAGGGGAGAGCGCGCUGAGCCUGGUGUCUGGCCCCCAGGAGCCCCCCCAGAAGCCUCCCUACAGCUACAUUGCGCUCAUCGCCAUGGCGAUCAGGAGCGCGCCCGGCCAGCGCGCCACGCUCAGCGGCAUCUACCAGUUCAUCAUGGAUCAGUUCCCUUUCUAUCAGGACAACAAGCAGGGCUGGCAGAACUCCAUCCGACACAACCUGUCGCUGAACGACUGCUUCAUCAAGCUGCCCAGAGAGAAGGGCCGGCCGGGCAAAGGCAGCUACUGGACGCUGGACUCCAGCUGUCUGGAUAUGUUUGAAAACGGAAACUACCGCCGCAGAAAGAGGAGGGCCAGGAGUCAGCAGGACGCUUCAGACGGCAAAGAUCCCGGACCACGGCGCGCAAAGUGCCCGGGGUCAUCCAGGGGCCCUCAGAGAACUCCGGCUGAUUGGAGGACAACGCAGGCUCCAGAGAUGAAGCGAACAGAACCGGACCCUGAAUCUGUCCUUUUGAAUCUUACCCAGCAGAACCCCCCCACACAGAGACAAAAUCUGUUGUCCGGCCACGACCCCGCUGGCUCCACGGAGAGGAGGGCGGCGGACCGUCACGCCGAGUCAGGCUCGGUUCCGCUGCAGCCCCACCGGGCUCAGCUGUGCUCUGUCAGCGGCGCAGCAGACACCAACCUCCCCGCUGCCUCACAACAAUCACCGAGAGGAAACCCUCAGAGGACGGACAGGUCCAAGGGCUUCACCAUCGAAAGCAUCUUAUCCAAAAGCCAAGACGAAGCGCGCCACCGCGUCCUGGAUGUUUCAGCUGGGAGUCUCUGCGCGUCCCCGCUCCUCGGUGCGCGUCCCCAUCACCUGGUGCAGGUGGGAUUCCCCUUCUGCUCGUACCUGUCUCUCACCUGCUCGGACUCCGUGCUGCGCUUUAAAUGAAGAGGAGGAACAACACAUUUGUGGUUUUACGCACAGAUGCGUCAUGGUCUGACAGCCAAAGCGGGUUUUUUUACGCAGAGGACACAAGUUUGAGCUCUUCUUAAGAUCUGCGCCAUCUCCUCUGUGGAUGAUGUUCAGACAGCGCAGCAAAACAACAGGGAGGCGUUUUAGUUCAUCUGAACGCAUGCGUAUUUGCCAGAUAUGUGAAUAUUUUGUUCGUGUAUGACCUCUUGCUUCCUUCACUGUUGCAGAAAAAACAUUUUUUUUAGUGAAACCUUUUGUAAUUUAACACGACGGGGCCUGGAGUUGCCUGACAACAUGAGGAUAAAUAUCGCUGAAUGCUGUAACCAAAACAUAUAAACUGGUCCGCCUUGCAUUUGUUAUGUUGCAAAAAUAAAGUUCAGGUAGAUAUCAAA